AUGGAACAUAGUGGCCAAGAUCGACCGAGGGUCCGCACAUCGAAGGUGAAUGUCGAAAAUUUUGGCUUUGUUCGUCAAGACGCCGUAUUUAAACAAGACUGUCGAGUUUCGACUGUACUUGUCAUCGAGUCUGCCGUGGUUUGCGGCGCUUUCACAUAUCAAUGGCUCCCCGUUUUUGUAAAGGCUAUUAGAAGACGCAUUUCUGGUGCUGUCCAAGUUUAUUGAAGAGUUAUAGCGAACGGAUUUGGGCGCAAAAAAUGUUACAAGCAUGUCGUAUCGACCUGCGCGACCAUUUAGUCAUAGUGGGCCAACUCCCGACAAGGUCUGCGAAUGAGUGGCAAUUUUUCGCUAAGUUGCUAAUUCAUCGCACAUCUUAAGCUACUUCCUUGAUCCUUGGACAUUGGCAAUCGUAUAACUCUUUAUUUGCUAUUAUUCUGAUUUUCUGUAGGUCCCCGAUGGCCACAGUUCUACAUCGGCGAGUUCUAGAACCACAAGAAAUCGGUCAUCUUCAUCGAACCCUGAGGAUGUCCAUAUCGGCAAAUAUCGCCUUAUAAAAACCAUUGGGAAAGGGAAUUUUGCUAAAGUAAAACUUGCCAAACAUGUACCGACGGGGAAAGAGGUAAAUAUAUGCCAUCAUUCUCUAUUUACAAUCGCGAAAUUACUUGUAGAUUCUUGGUUUUUUAUCGGCUCGCUUGUUUGCUCGCUGCGAGAGAUGUAGUGUAAUAAUUAAACACAGACCGGCUCCAACGCCUCACUUUUUCUUGUGUUUUUACCGUUUUUAAAGGUGGCGAUCAAGAUUAUCGACAAGACACAGCUCAAUCCGAGCAGCUUGCAAAAGGUGAGCGUACCUUACUCGUAUUGUUGUGGGAAAAUAACCGAAGUGUAAAGCUUGUUUUCACCGUGGCCUCUCUGAUUGCAUGCAAGCUCUUCGCAUGUAAUUACGUAUUCGAAAGCAACGUUCGAGCCUUCGGUUUAUUUUGAAGAGCGCACUAAAGUCCUUAAAUUAUAAUUUUUUUUGUAAAAUGUUGUGAUUUACCAACCUUAGAUUGUUUUGGUCAAGCAAUGUCUUGAUACGAUUUACUCCAAAAUCUGAUGUUCCCUGUUGAUUUUCUUCCGACGAUUGAUUUAAGAAAUAAAAAAUCUAUAUUCCAAGCCUAAAUUAUUCGUUUACAUAUUGUUGUCGUUUAAUAGAACUCUCUGCUAACAUUAAGAUUAGAUCACUAAGUGUUGAUAUUUUUCUUGAGAUUCAUUCUGAUUAAACUCUUUGGAAGCAAAACUUUACCAACUUGGCACGCGAAACAGUGUUUCGGUAUUGGAAGGUUAUCGAUUCCAAUGAGUGCACUUCAUUUCACUGCAAUUCCGUGCCGAGUUGCAUCGGCUCCAAGUAUAAUUAGUUCCUUGAGGAAAAUUUGUAUUGUGUUGGAUUCGAAUAUUUACAGUUCUGAUAUGAAUGUUGAAAUAUCCUAUAAUGAUGCCGUGUCUUGAUUCUUCAUGGCAACGAGAGAUGCGAAGCGAAAACUUCAGAUUGCACUAGCUGAAGUUUUGUUUUAUUAAUAAAGUGUUCGUUCAUUUUGCACGUGUUUUUUUUUUAGAUUGUCUCGCGUUUAACAUCGGGUUGUAGAACAUAGGAGAACUGUUGGUCUGAUGAUCAUCUUUCAGGGCAUGUAUCGUCGCGUGGAAAUUUUUCAAUUACGGAAACUAUUAUGGCUUAAAUGUCCAUGCGGUGUCUCAAUGAAAGUAAAUGUUGCAUUUGGAACACUCAAUUCCUGUAUAACCUCAAAUAAUCUACCUGGUUGACCAACGAUUUAUCAGAGAUUUUAUUGUUUACCCGUCGUCAAUAGAAUGGAAUCUUUUCGUGGGGAUAGAGCUAAUCCGAAAAUAAAGCGAAACAGUUUGAAUCCGUUACGUUUGGGAUUAGUAUUACGUCACGACUCAUUCUCAUUCUCGUUUAAUAUUCGUUGAUGUGGUCGUGAGUUUCACAUGCAAAUCUUGUGUCUAGAAAGCUGAAAGUCAUAUUUAUUUCUGAGUUACAGUGUAUUACUGCCAAUUUGCUCAUUUUACACACAUGUUCUAAGAGCUAGAAUUCAUGUUCAUUUGGAAGGGUUUUUUUAAUACAUCUGGGGCUUGCCUUUUGACUACAGUUACUAACCUUUGUAUUUGAUAAAUUAAAUUAAGGCAUUUUUCCAUACCCUGUAGAGCAAGGAAAAGUCUGUGAUUGUAUUACUUUGGAAAUCCAGAAUGUAGCAAGGUGUAGUUUUCAGUCUUUAAAAAAAUGUGGAAACUCUGAAAUAUAGGAGUUAAAUUUAUUCUGGGAGUUAAUUUGGUAGACCUCAACAUUGAAAUUAAGUGAUUGUUUCUUCUGUAAUGUAGUUAUGUUGUUUCUACUGCAGUUCUUGAUCUGGUUACUGCUUUUUCUACAAGUCUCGGAAUCUUUGCAGAGGGCGUGUAAAUGUGGCUUCAUGUUUAUAUAGCCUUGUUUACUGGCCUUGCUUUUUUGAAAUAGUCUUCUUUGCAUAAUGUUGUUAACAACUCUGGUAAAACACUGGCUUGAUAAAAAUGCAGGGAACUACAGGCAAAAAUCUGAUGUACCUUGACAAAGCUUUUUGUGGCAUUUCAACUCCUAUGUUUGUAUAUAAUGAAAGUUCCAGGCAAAUCCAUCUACAAUUUCCAUUUAUUAACAUUCAAUAUUAUAAACCAUAGAAUACUAUCAAAAUGUUCAAAACUCAACUGUUGCUUGUGUUUUGGUGCUGUUGGCAGCUCUGAUCUAUAAUAUAAGAAUGUAGACAAUAGAAAAUUGUGGUUGAUUUUUCUGUUACGAUAACACUAAUAAUUUUGAAAUGCAAAUUAUAGCAAAGUUUCUUGGAAAGUUUUGUGCACAAGACUGAGAAAAACUAUUGUGCCUACAUUACAUCAUGUCCAAUUUUAUACCCUUCUUACUAAUACACGAUAAUGGCUCUUGACCAUUAAGCAUAUCAGAAACUGCCCACUUUUUGUUAAGAAGUUCAUGUAAUAUAGUGUGGAAAAAGCAGUGUUCCCAGUGAAAAGCUUUGUAGCGGUUUCAUGUUGGCUGCCACCACCCCAAAGACCAUACAAAAUUAAGGUGUCUAUGAAUUCAACUGGUACGACUUGAUUGCAUGUCCCAUAAACUAAUUCUAAGAAUAAAAAAAAAAUAGUGAAUAGAUUAAUGAAAUAAUAAAAAUAAAACAUUAAGUUAUCAACUCAAAUUGUAUUUUUGAGGAAAAGAAAAUAUAGCUCGGUAUAUGUUGCAAUGAAAGAGAGAGUAACAGCAAAAAUAAACUUGCAAAACCAACUUAGCCUGAAUUUCAAGCUUCCCUUCAAGUCGCAUACUCCUAUCAGGGAUUUCUGAAUCUACUGUAUGAUAUUUUUUUUGUUUGCCAGUUGAAAAUCGUGUUUUACUUUUUGCAUGAGUUAUUUGAGCAUAGGAGUAGUAAUGUCACUGGACGGCAUUAGUGGCCCGUUGAUUCAGACCUUCCUGAGAGGAGUAUUUGACUCGAAAGGAUGUCUGAAAUUCAGGCUAGAUUAACUUACCUUAUCGGUACAAAAUUUCGCGGGUACUUAAUUUCACAAUUUUGACAAGACAGUAUUUUGUGGGGUUUUAUUUUCGUGAUUUCAAUAGGCAAAUCUGAAAAAUGGCAUUAAAUUUUGCAAUUCAAGCAUUCUCAACUUGAUUUUCAGUCUUUUACAAAUACCAAGAUUAAACGAAAGAAGCAAAGCAUAUAUUUACACUAUUUCACAGCAGAAGACAUAAAUAUGGAAUGGAACAUACCAGUAAAACCAGCUAAUAACUUGUCAGUGUUUGUUGAAACAUACUGUAUAUCAUGUUAAGUGUAUGUUAGACUAGUUAUUAAAUUAAUGUUAUUAAUUUUUUUUCUGUGAUUUGAAUUUUUUAUAUGGGUAUUAAAUUUCACGUGUUUAAAUUUUCGGGGGAUUUUUAUUUGCAGAUCUAAAAUUUCAGGACUUUUCCAGAGUCGCAAAAAAUGCUAAAUUAAGUACCAAUAAGGUAUUUGAAAUAUUUCAUUUCUGUAGGAGAAAGCAGUUUCAAAUUGCAGACUUUCAUUUUACACUACUCAACUUACGACGUUGUUGUAGUCAGGGUUCAAAGUUAACGACUAUCUGGUUUUGGUUGUGCGCCUAAAAAUCCAUGUGUAGUUGCACUUGUGCACCAUAAAACCUAAAGCACAGUGCGACCGACUCGCUUCCAACCAUACUUACGUACUCAAACUAGAAAGACAUUAAACAGUAGCUUUAAGCAAUGAAAGUAAACAUAAUGUAGAAAUAGCACAACCAGGCUCUAAAUAAUAUCUUACAUUGUUUUCCUUUCAUCUGUGUAUGUUUAAUUUGUCUUUUCUCCCAAUGGAUUCCACGAACUCGAAUGUUCAUUUUCAUUUUGAUGUUUUACUCAAUCCCAGACUUUUGUGUUUUGAAAUAAACUCCAUUGAUACACGCAAAGAUGCUACGAAUGAAACACAUGCUUUUUGUGCAAUGGACGAUCAUGUCGAGCGUUCAGUUUUAAGGUCAAUCAAAACAAAAGUAGUGCAGAUUAAGAGCAUUUUUUUCUAGGUAAGAAAGUAUUUAAGUCAUAUCCCAGUUACAUGUAAGUCAUUGCGCAUUUAACAAAUUCAUUAAAGAUUAAUUUUCAUUCUCUUUCGACACACUCAUUGUCGUCAGUUUUGAAUUUUUUUCAAGUGUAAGUUUUGUUUAGUCACAACUGUACUUUCAAAAAGAGAAAUUAGUAUUAAAACGGUAUUACUGUGUAGCAAAUUGACUGUGUUUUAUCAGUCACAGGACUGAAAUAGAAGUAACAAAUUGAAGAUGACAUAUGAGGGUGGCACGGUGUUAUUGUUAAGCUCUUUACUUUUUCUUUUGAAAUAGAUGGUCCCAACAUUAUAAGCUGUGCUCCUAAACUUGUCAGCUGUGUGCCUAAAAAUUCACAUCUGGUAGCACAAGUGCUCCCAAACUCAAAUUUAAACUUUGAGCCUUGUAGUAGUUAAAAUUUAUUUCAAUGUGAUGUAAUUUCACAAUGUGAUACUCUUAUAAACUCUAUUAGGAAUAAUUAUUUUAAACAUUUAUUGUAAAGCACCAUUGGACAUCAUUGGAAAUGGUGCUAUGUACAUUAAUUAUUAUUAUUAUUAUGAUGAUUUUUUAACUCAUUAAGUUUUAUGUUGCAUUUUUGUUCCACUCAUUAUGGUUUUUGGCAAAGAGCUUAUGGUUAACAAAUUUUCAAACUUUUUGGCUUUGAUUCUUGCGUACAGGUGCACCAGUUAUUUAGGAGAAUAAUGAUAUAGGGCUUUGGAAAAUCUUUUUUCUUUCUUAAACAUAUUUUGUGAUCAAAUCAGAUUUGUAUUAUUUUCACUGGAAUGGAAACAGAACGGCUAUAGUAUACAUGUAUGUACAUGAAUUUGUAGUGAUCAAAAAAGCUGCAUCUAGACUCAACAUUGCAUUAACAUUUUACAUGUAUUCUAACAAAUUCUUGUACAAUUUUUUUUUAUAGUAACAGAAUUAACUUGUUAAUGACCAUAAGGCUGAUAGACGACUGCCCUUCUGUAAUUGUUUUCAUUCAGGCAUUGCGUCAUCCAUAUGAUUAUUCAUUAAUAUUUGAAUCAAAAGUACUUUAAGUUUCCUCCUCUUGGCUCUUAGUAUUUCAGCUUACCAAAUAUUUCAUUCUUGUGGGUCUCUCACCACAUUUUGGUAAUUUUUAUGGCUUCUUUUUCUGCACUGGCAAAAAAGGCUUGACAAUUUGCAUCAUCUGCAAUAAACUUGUAUUGCUUGAAACAUUUUAAAAGUCAUAAGCACUGUUAGGUUUGACAAGUUACAGUUAUUUCCUGUGUACCCUAGUCCAGCAUUUUGGUAGAUUUUUUUCUAAGCAGGUAUACAUGUAUAGUGCUUGCCAAAAGACAACAAAGACAGUUUCAUUGAUAUUUCUAAGUGUAUGUUAAUAAGUGUAUUAUGUAAAACAGGUAGUAUUUUCAAGUGAUUUGUGGAGUUUUUAAUGCCAGACCCCAAGUUUGACCAUUAGCUGUGAACCUACAUUUUUUGUAUUUUCUUUAUGAUAUCAAAGAUUCUUAAAAUAAAUUACCGGUAUGUCCUUUGCUUUUGUCAAGGAAAGUUAAAUUCUUUUUCUAUUCAGCAGAAUGAGAUCUGAACAUUUCUUUUGUAAACUACUGUACUGUGGUAAAAACAAUUGGUCAAAGCUUUAGAAGAUUUUUGAUUAGGUGGAUUGCCCGAGCAGUGAUUGUUGCUUUGUUUCUCGUAUGAGAAGAAAGAUCAAUCAUAAUGUACAGUACUUUCAAUUUUCAAAUCAAAUCACGUUCAUCAUUUCUAUGUGUCGUUUUCUUUUCAUGGCUGGUAUUUAUAAUGAGAAUGAAACAAUUGCCUUGUCAAGCAUGUAAUAGUUCUGCAUACAGUGCAUGUACUCUGCAUCGUUUGAAAAUAUACUGUUUUUCUCAGAAGGUAUUAUUUUAAAAUGCUCUCAUCUUGAAAGCUUGAAUUAAAGUAGUAGGUACAUUACUAUUAAAAGCUGUUUUUACUUUUUCUGGUCCAUAUUUUUGUUUUAUUCUCAUUUGUCUUAAGUCUUGUCAGAACACAUUAUUUUUUGACCAUUAGCUUUUUUUCUGUUCUCCUUCUUUUAUUUUUCUUUAAAUUGUACCUUUUUGCAAGAAGUGUGAUAAUAUGGGGAAUAAACAAUGAAUAAAUGAAUGAACCUUAAAUGCAAAGCAAAGUAAUUGUUCACUGAUCUGUGUGAUUGAGAUUUCCUAAUCCAAGCUGUUUAGAUUUUGUUGCCCAAAUGUUACUUCCUUGUCUCUGACAUUAUUUAGCCAACAAAUUAUUAUUGCAUACAGCUGCAACAGAAUAGUAUGAAAGGUCACAGUAAUAUUUUGUGCUCUAAAAAAGUCACAACUGGAACAGGUUUUAGCCAUAGUAUACCUGUAGGUACUUUUCAUCUUCAUUUGUGGAUUUAAGUCGGUAUCACUCAGUACUAUCCAGUUUUGAUAUAACAGCUUAGAACAAACACCACUAUUUUGGUAUUAUGAUUAGUUUCUAAUAAAAGGAUUUUGUUAUUUCAGCUGUUUCGAGAAGUCAGGAUUAUGAAGUUUCUUGACCAUCCUAAUAUUGGUAAGUGUGCAUAGAAUUUUUCUCUUUGUUUGUUACUCUUGUUCUCAGUUCAAAUCUCCCAGGCUGUUAUGCUCUUCCUGUGACCAUUAUGCCUUUAAAAAUAAAAUUUAUUUAUUUUUUUCGAUGGAACCAUGCUUGCCUUUGUUGUGCCCUAUGGGUUCUAGCUGGAGUUGCUUUUUAGUAGUCUCUAGGACAACUGCUCAGCCAUGCUUGUAAAUUGCCAACUAGUGAACUCUCCUCUUGCCCAGUGGGAUUUUUAACUUGACGUUUUUUAUUUUGGCUGGGGGCUGGAAGGGGGCACUUAACUAAAUGAAACAAAUGAUGAUUUAAAGAUGGCACAACCACUAGUGGUUCUUCCUCUACCUGAUUCCUCAUGGAAUUGGAAUUUGGAAUCGUAGGUUUUGAGGAGAGGGGAAAAGUGGAGUACCUGUAGAGAAACCUCUCAGAGCAAGGGCUGAGAACCAACAACAAACUCAACACCCACAUAUGGCGUUAACACGGCGGUUUUAAUUCAGGCCACGCUGGUGGGAGGCGAGUGCUCUCACCACUGCUCCAUCCUUGCCCUCUGUGAGCACUUGCUUAGACCCUAUUUUUACUCUAAGUUUACUAUAUUCUAAAAAUGUUGCAGUUAAAUUGUACGAGGUCAUUGAAACUGACAAGACACUUUAUCUUGUGAUGGAGUAUGCCAGUGGAGGUAUGUCACUUCUAAAAAUUAGCUUAACUACACUGAAAUUAUCUAUCGCAGGGCUUUCAUUUGAUGAGGCCAGGCAUGUCCAAUUGGUUGGUGGGGAAAUGAGUCGCUACAAAGUUCUUUUGGUUUUAUUUUUCCCUUUGUUUCUUAAGAAAGUAGCCAGGGCUCACGGGUGACAAAUUACUCCUGAAGUUUUGCAAAAUUUUUUCAUAAGUUUUUAAUGAUACAAUAAGCAAGUUCAAAAAUCAGUGGUGUUGUGUGUUAUUUGUCAACCAUGAUAAAAUUAUUAAUAGGUAAUGCAAUAGUAAUCUCUAAUAGUUAGGGAAUUAUCUUAUUACCAUAUGAUUACACAUUAUUUUUGGCCGAGCUGAAAAUGUUUACUUACCAUAACUGAAGUAACAUGUCCCACUAAGUAUGUUUUCCUCUACAUUCUUGUUGGUUAGGCAAAGUUUAAAAUGAUGCAUCUACUUUAUAUUGAGGUCCUCUUAGGAGGGGGCAGUGGGGGGGUGGUUGGGGUAUACGUAUGUCCCUUGUUUGAAUAUCAAAACCUGUUGUUUCACAUGUUAAGGAAGUCAUGUCGCUGUCAGUAUUAAUUUUUAUUAUUGUAUUUGCACCUUUCUCAGUCUUUAUCGCAGUUUCAGCCCAUCUUUGUGUCAUUUGUUGCCAUUUCUGCUGUCCUAUGUCCCUUUUUAAGACCAUGUCGCUUGUCUGAAUUUACCCUUACAUGGCCUCUAUGUUGUGUUUUGCAGGUGAAGUUUUCGACUACCUUGUUGCACAUGGAAGAAUGAAAGAGAAAGAGGCAAGAGCAAAGUUCAGACAGGUGAUUGUCAUGUUUUUUUUUUUACCCAUAAGGCUCUGUAGUGGCAAGCUUACAUGUAUUAUUAUAGUUCAUUCAAAAUAUUCGUCAGGUUUUGAUUGGCUCAAAUCCCAUGGCUAAGUCUUCAGAGCCAGCUAGGAUUGGCCAAGUUUGGAAAUUUGGCUUUCGUAAUGUUUGAAGACUUAUGGAGAUCUUGGAGGGUGCUAUCCGCCUCAGCCAAUAACACCCUUCUCAAUCUCUGUAAUUCUUUAGAUCAUACUCACACUUAUCCAAUAAUUGCUAAUUAUCCUUUUAAAGUGUUGAAGUUGCAUCAAUAGCCAGGAUCCUGUAGAAAGCUUAACUUUUAUUCUUACUAAGUUUUUUCAUUUUGUAAUUAUUAUUUCAGAUUGUGUCUGCUGUUCAGUACUGCCAUCAAAAGCACGUUAUUCACAGAGAUCUCAAGGUAUACCAUUGCAAAUGUACUAAGUGUUUAUGUUUUGUGAUCUUCAGCUCUGUACACUGAAAUUUUAGACAAUAAGGGAAAAAUUGAUGAGAAUAAUUAUGCAUGCAGCAAUAUUGAUCAACAUUGUAACUGGUUGGAACCUAGAGGCCCGCGUUAUAAGUAGGUGGAAUAUGAUCACCUGGGUGAGUGUAUUCCUGCACUGGACUGUUUUUGACAGGGAAUGAGCAACACCAUUACCUAACAUGUAAUUUUGAUAUCAUGUAAUAACUAAGAAUGCUUUUCAAGACUGUGGUCUAGCAGAGCCCAGGAGCCUUUGGCACCUACACUGUAACUUUUGAUCUUGGGCAACUAGAAAAUUUUUGGUACAACUCAUAUGCUGAACGUCAUGGAAUUUACAGGUUUAGAGCACUGAGCUCCCUUCAAUUUUCCUUAGAGCACAGUGUUGCUUUCAGUCAAUGCAGUGAUUGUCUUGUUAAUGUUCGUGACCACUAACAUAAAUUUGGUUUCAGUCUCAGAAUGCUACUUAUAUUGUCAUUGAUUCUAUUCACUUUUUACCAUUUCAGGCUGAAAAUUUGCUUUUAGAUGGAGACAUGAACAUUAAGAUAGCAGAUUUUGGUUUUAGUAAUGAAUUCACUCCAGGAAACAAACUUGACACGUUUUGUGGGAGUCCCCCUUAUGCAGCACCUGAACUGUUUCAAGGGAAGAAGUAUGACGGCCCAGAAGUAGACGUCUGGAGUUUAGGUGUAAUUUUAUACACAUUAGUCAGUGGAUCUCUUCCAUUUGAUGGACAAAAUUUAAAAGUAAGUUUCCAUUGUUUCUUGUCCCUUAUAAAACUAUAUUACAGAGUGCUGAAGCAACCAGACAUUUUCCAGUGCACAAAUAAUUAGUGGUGUGCUGAUCAUCAUUUGUAAUUUAUCAUUAAGGAAAAUCUUUAAGUGAUGCAAUACUCAAUUAUAUAUUGCUGGAAAAAAUAAAAUUCCUUGUUGGCACAUAAACAUGUUUAAGACUUGUGUGUUGUAUUGUGAGUGGUUUUAUAUUGAAAGGAAAAUAGAUUUUGUUUACUUAAAAGCACAGAAAAGAUCGAGAUGAUUGUUAAAUUUGUUUGUUUAUUGUGAAAACACUAAAAAAAGUUUGUAUUACAUGUAUGACAAACGUGAAAAAUAAAUGGAAUUCUUGUUGAGAGAUCUUUAAUAUCAUAACCCAAUGAUCAGUGGGGUGGGUCAAUCCAGUUAUUUUCAAUGAUUAAUUUAAAUCUCUUCUGAUUCUCAACACUUCAAAUAAUGCUAACAAUUAAAACUAAGGUUGUUCACCAUUUACAUGGGCAAACUGGUUGGUUCAGGGUUCAUAAUGUCAGCAAAAUUAAGUGCUGAUAAAUUUCAUCCUGGAAUCACGAAAUCUGUGAAAACCUGAAACUGGUAUCAAAGACGGCUUUCAAGAAAUGGAAGACAAUAAAAAUUUCCAUGUUGAACAUUCUUUUCGGAAAAACAUGACUACCCUAAUUUCAGACGUUCCAUUGUGUUCCAUUUACUUUCCAACCAGAUUGUCUUUAAACGUUCUGUAAAUAGUAAACAACCAAUGCUUACUAUAACAGGAAGCCAUUUUUUCAACACCUCGUACAAAACAUGAAGUCGAUUUUUGGUGUGUUCUCAAUUCCAUUGUUUGAUACUGCAAUAUUUAUUUCACUACGAUACUUCUGUAUUUCCCACCAGGAAUUACGAGAAAGAGUUCUCAGAGGAAAAUAUAGGAUACCUUUUUACAUGUCGACAGGUAUGUAAGAUUGAAUUGCAGCUUGUUGUCUUGUGCAUGUUAUUUGUAGUUGAGUAUGUACGUGUACAUGUCACUUGGUAGAAAAGCACAGCCAUCAAAGAAAGAAGCAAACCACUUAUACUUUACUACUUACAAGCACUUGUAGAAGAAACACUUUUUUCAACAGAACUUAAUCACACUUUUACAACAAAAUGUUGUUUUAUACUAUUACUUAUUUUGCUGACAGCUAGGAGCCCAAUAGUGCGACCUCCUUUAAUUAACUCACAUUCUUUCAUGCAGACAUUAACCAAUCAGAUGUGGAGGACAGUUUCCAGCUGGCUUCUGAUUGCAUUAAAUCUGUAUGAAAGAAUGUGAAUAAAUCAAAAGUGGUCACACUUUUGGGCUCCUUGCUGUAAUAGGCCAUUUGCAUGAUGAUGUUAUUUUACUACUAUGAUGAGAAUCCUGGCUUCUGAUUGGAUUAAAUCUGUAUGAAAGAAUGUGAAUAAAUCAAAAGCGGUCACACUUUUGGGCUCCUUGCUGUAAUAGGCCAUUUGCACGAUGAUGUCAUUUUACUACUAUGACGAGAAUCCUGGCUUCUGAUUUGACUAAAUCUGUAGGAAAGAAUGUGCAAAAAUAAAAAAUGGUCAUGCUUUUGGGCUCCUUGCUGUAAUACCAAAAUAACAGUCAACUCCCUCAUAAUGGCAACAGCUCCAUUAAACAGACAAGGCUAAAAAUUCAUUCUAUUGCUUGGUGGCCCCUCUAAUGAAUUCUUAGUCUUGUUCUUUUACCCUUGCUGGAUGUUUAGUGCCAGGCCAAGCAGUCUAUUUUGAAAGUUGAAUUUAAAUUAAUUUGUAUCUUGCUUGUUUUCCCCAAAGAUUGUGAGAAUCUUUUAAAGAGAUUUUUAGUGUUAAACCCUACAAAACGAUCUAGACUAGAGGUAAGUGUUUUAAACCACACUGACAGAAGCACUUUUUCCUUCUAUAAGUUUUCCUAGCUUGUGGGAAUAGGAUAACGUCCCAAAUUUCUUUGUCAUCAAAACCUACAUGGCCUACAUGGCUGUUAUUAAUUUAUUUUUCAAUAUGACUGCCCUGCUUCAUUGAACAAUUAAUUAAUAAUUAUUGUAGUGAUUAAAGUUUAAAUGUCAUGAAGACUGCAAAAUGUCUCUGUUAUGUUAUGUUUUUGUUUUUGUGUUUCGUUAAAGCUUUUAUGGUCUUGACCAUACAUAACAUUAAAUAGCAUUCCUAUCAUUUGAAACGAUUUGUCACAAUUUGUGAACAAAAACCAAAGAAUGGUGCAUGGUCAGGGAGCUCCCACCCAAAAUUUAGAACCAUUGUUUUCAUCUUUGAUGUUAGCCGGCUUUCAUAACCACUCUUGAAACUAUGGACAAAAUGACAACCACAUGUUCCCCCAUUUCCACAGAGUCAGUUGUAUACACUGGUACACUGUAUAACAAUCGCACAUCAGCAAUGCUGGUGACUAUGUUAUAAACUUACCAGUAAAGGACACUGUCCCCAUUAUGUAAAAUGGUAUGUGUUGUUUAUGUCAUGACUAAUUUUAUUCAUUCAUAACUCUGCAGCAAAUUAUGUCAGACAAGUGGAUGAAUUUAGGAUAUGAUAAUCAAGACCUUAAACCGUACUGUGAACCUACCCCAGAUUUUAAAGAUGAAAGAAGAAUAGGUGAGCAUUCGUCUCUAUCGCUGAGUUUACAUGAUUGUUGUUGGUAUUAAGUGCAAUCGUGUCUUGACACAUUUUUGCAUUUAGCCACCAUCAUCAAAAUGAUCAUAAAGAUACGUCUUUUCUAAGAGGAAUCCUUAUUACCCGUUGCGGUGGUGUUUGUCUUAGGAUUUGUCCACAUGGGUGAUGCAAAUACAGGUACAAGCACAAGAGUUGUCCAUUAACAUCCAGUUCAGAUGCAAGCACAGUGGGGUACACCUACACACUGAAUUUAAGCAUCUUGCUUCCCAGCUGGUUGGACAAUGUUUUUCACCCUGAAUUUGCAUUGUCCUUCGUUGCGUAAUGACUUGUGUGGAACGCAGUUGCAGAGUGCAAAUUAAUGCAAGUGCAAGCAACAACACAAUAAGUGGGAAAUAUUCCUCUUAGGGACAGAUGGCUCUGAAGUGUUGAGGACUAAUAGUUUUAGAGAUAGUGGAAUAUUUGACUUUGUUGUAGAGAGGGUGAAAUAUUAAUUGAGACUGAAGAGCUUAACAAAGGUUAAUGAGUAUUUUUGAAAGGAGCUGACCUCCAAGCUUUUCCUUAAAUGUUUAGAAAUUAUGCUUCAAAUGGGAUUUUCAAGAGACGAAAUUCAAGAGGCUUUGGCAAACAAUAGAUAUGACGAGGUUAUGGCUACUUAUCUUCUCUUGGAUGAGAGAAGGCAAAAGUUAACGGUGAGAUUGAUCUUUCUUUGCCCUAACCAUCUAUCUUGCGUAGGUUUGAAGGCUGUAAUGAUCAUUUGUCGGCAAAGCCACCCAGCAUUUUCCUACAUUCAUAAAAACCCUCAUGUGUGGUUAUAUCCACUGACACAACUUCUCACUCAUUCAAACAUUAAAUUGAAAUACUAAUCUGAAACGCAGUGUAUAUGUUACAGGUCAGAUUUGAUUUCAGGUGUAAAAUUUUGUUGAUUCCUAAUUUCCUUUGUUUUCUAGGGCUAGGAGACCUUGGAAAUUGAGAAUCAACCUAGGUUGAAUCAAAAUUAACCUGAAAUCAAAUUUGACCUGUAAGAUAUACAUGUGCUCUUUUCAAAAUUCAGUUUAAGGUGAAAGAGUCUGCACAUCCACUAUUGUAGCCCAGUCCUUUUCUCUCUUGUUAUCCUUGUUAUCAUUUUUCUCAGCAUUUCUCCUUUUUUCAUCUUAUGUCUUGUGUUAAUAUUUUACAGUUAAAUGGUUCUAGUGAUCCUCUAAUGGAAAGCACUAGUGCGCCAAGGCCAAGCACAUCAAUGCCAACUGGAGUCCCUGCUCCAAUCCGUCCCAGCAGAGCCAGCGCAAGACGGGAGAGAGGAGAAAGAGAGCUUCCCAGAAGGUAUUCUGAGGGUCACACUCCUCAUAAAACAGGCCAUGUAAUAAGGCAAGCAUAGAUUUAGGUUGCACCCUUUUAAUUUUGUAAUGACUUAUUUUAAUUCUUUCUUCCAUUUGUUCAUUCUGUUUUGUGUUUCUCUCUAACCCACACACUAAUCGUAAUUUUGGGGUACAGCUAACUUUGCACAGAAUAUUGCACUGCUCAAAUAAAUAAAAAACGAAACUGAAUGUUUAUUACAUGAUAGAAUUUAUGCAGUAAUUAGGCACACUUGCCACAAAAAUAAGCAAGGUGAAAUUCUUUGCUGGAGAGUGUCACGUGCAACCAGCCAGGUGGUUGUUGUAGAAAAGCAUUGGCCGUUGGAACUUUCCACAAUGUAAACAAAUUAUGCUAAUGAAGACUCGCAUGCGUUAUGGUGGAAGCGAGUGUUGAAAUAAUUAUGCUGUCAGUAUGAAAGUUUAUGCAUAUUAUGUACAGAUUAGGAAUAAUGAAUAAGAGAGUAUAAAGUUAUAACUUUUAAAAGUUUUUCCACUGCUGUGGUUUUUGACUCUAACGGUGACUACUGCACAUGUUGAAAUGCCAGUCCCAUUCAGGACUACAGUCACCUGGAUGAUCAUAUUUCACCAACUUAUGCGAUAGCAGAUUGUUUCUUUUGCAGGAAGCUUGUAAUGGAUGGAGUUUUUUUUGUAUUUAAGAGUUUUGAAAGUUUUGUCUUACAAUUUAAAAUUGAAUCAUCUUGACAGAGCGGCAACUGAAUCUGGUGGGACAGCAGGAGGUCAGGCCAAACCCGUGGUCCGCAGUGAACGAGAUAGACCGGGAGUAAGAAAUGCCGUUCCUAAUGAUGAGCGAGUGCCAUCAUCUAUAGGUCGGGCUGCAAAUCCAAACAAGUCUGAGAUUCCUGAAAGGGCAGCAGACAGAAGUAGGAGGGGCAAAACACAAAGGGUGAGCAGGGAAUAAGAGAGGCAUUUUUCCCCAAACUUACUACAAAGCCAGGGACAAUGUAAUCAGGCACUUACAUGCAUUUUGAUAUCAGACAGUUUUUUGGUGCUUGAAAAACACCUGGCUUAGUCAGGUAGCCAGCUCCCACUGUCUGAAAUGGGCUUAAUUUUGUGACACAGCUCUGUCAAUAUCAUUUUUGGCUUUGCGACCUAUUUAUUAAAUUAUUACCAAACAAUUUGUACUUGUAGUUGGUUACAGAAACUGAAUGGAAAUUUUGUGAUCUUGUCGCUGGUGGCUUUUGUUUCUACAGCUGCAGCAAUUUCGAGCUUUUUCAAGUACGCUGUGAUGAGAACUUAGUUGUUGAAAAUUCUGAUUCACAUUGUUUUCUCAUUUUGCAGCAACAUAGCAUGCCUCCAGGAAUUAUUAGACGGAAUACAUACGUGUAUGGAGAGAAGCGAGCAGAAGACAGGAACAGUACCUCGCAGACACCGUCAAGCCAAACAAAUGGAAAAGGAGACAGGUAAACCAAAUCUCACAACUUUGAACACAUUGCUCUUAACCCUUUGAAGUCUCAAUAGUGACCAAGAUCAAUUUUCUCUUAACGAUAUCCAUACAUUGUCAAGAGAUUAGGUUAUGAGAACUGAUAAAAUGAACACCUACGAGAAAAUGCUUUGAUCUUUUAUUACAUUCUCUCUACUCAUUCUUUUUCACUCUUGUUUAUGCUGAUUCUACAAGUUUCAAGUUUAGGGUCUUGGCUUAUAACGAAGAUCGGCUUAUAGUCGAAUAAAUACGGUAUUUGUAACAAAUCCACUGUAGUUCCAUUAAAGCUCUUUAGAAGCACUUGAAGUAGAAAUAAGUAAGUAAAAGUAACCUCUCACUGUCCUUUCAUUUCUCUUCCUUCUAUCAGUGUUACUGAGCCAGGCCCUAGUGGCAGCAGUGUAGGGGCAGGCAGACCCUCAUCCAAACCUCCUCCAUCAGAGCUCGGCAAUCGCUUGUCACCCACCCGUAGGUCACUUCCACCAGUUGCUAUUCACCAGGAAAAUAGGCAUAGAGCUGGGUGAGUUUUUGCACCUUAGAAUUUUUCCUGUUAGGUAGUUUUGCUUAUUGCACUUGCUCUUCUUAUCCCAUUAAAGUGGUGAUCACUUUAAACUGGUUUCUGCUGAAAUCAAUGUACAACACUAUGGCACUCGGUACACCUUACCAUGCUUCUUAAAAAUUAGUUGGUACUAUAUGGUGUAGUCAUGUCAUUAGGGCACGUACUUUUUCCCAUAGAUAUUCCUUCACUCUUUAAACUCACAUUUCUUAUGAAAUGUGGCUCUUAAUUUUAGCCUAUGCAUGUGGUCAUAAGAAGCGCUGUCGGCAGUAGUUCUCCUCAUAUGCAUACCAUUUCUUUUUUUUUUUUAACACAAAUUUAACAAUCCGAGGGUGAGAGGGUUAUAUGUGGCUGCACUUGAGAUUUUAACAAGACUGAUUGCUUAUCACAUUGUCAUCAACCCGUGAGGCAACAUUCAGUUGUUAUUAUUAUUUUUUGUCUUCCUCCGUGGUGACCAAGAUAUUUAUUGCAUGUAUCAAUGACCUAAAGCUGUAGUUGUAUAAACAAGCGUCCUUUGGAAAGCUGAGUUUGUGUUCGUAAUUAUUAUAUUGCAAGUUCUAAUUAUUAUAAUCUUAUUUUUUAUUUUUUUAGAAGAACAAACCCUGACACCCAACCUCCUCCUUCAAGAUUAGGAACUAGGAAUAUGCCGGGGCGGAGUACCUUUCAUAGUGGUCAAACGCGCCCGCGCACUCAAAAUGGACCUGACAGGUCUGACCCUAAUAGUCCUGGAGUUGGUGGAAGGCCAUCUAUUUUGAGCAAGCUAACAUCAAGAUUUAGCAAGAGGUAGGUGUCAGUGAUGAUUAUGAGUAGUUCAGUGUCAUUAGCCUGGGCUGUCAUCAGAAUAAUAAUAUUUUGGAAGCCAAAAUUCUUCCAAUCCAGUUACUUACAUUUCUGCAUUAAUUAAAAAAAAAAAAGUUGUUUAAUUAUUUUUUAGUUUACUUAUUUUGAUAGGCAUCCUGUAAUAAAGACUCUUAACCUCUUAACCCAGCUCUCACACUUGCAACUCAUUUUACAAAUCAUUGUUUAAAAAUCACUUUAAAAUUGUAUUUUUGAUCGGUCAAAAAACACAGUUAAGCACCCACAGUUGAAAUUGAUAACCUUGAGAGAAUAAUGAGAUUAAAAUUUAUAAAUGUACUAAUGCUGGCUUUUAUGUGAAGAGUUAAGUUAUAAAUUAUGUUACAUAAUAAUUCUCAUGUAUAGGGUCCUUUUAAACAUCCGUCAAAAACAACAUUAAAUUAAAGUACACUAAAAUAACUCGGACAAUAAGAUAAGCUUACAAACACCAGGCAAAAAGUUCUACAAAAUUAAUAGUGUCUCUUGAAGAGGCAAGAAAUUUAAUCCCAUUUGACUUCUUAGUAGGCAGUUGGAUCCCACUGUGACUUCGAGGCCUGGCCCCCAAGCAAGACGGUAAAGAAUUUGACCUAAAUAUUUAUAUAAAAUUUAAUAAACAAAUUUAAAUAAAAUGCAUUUCUGGCUGUUUAUGUGUGCUAUAUUAUAUCUUUAAUGAAAGUUUAAAGUAAGACUGAGCUGUUAUAAAUUAUUGAUAGUGAUGCUAAUAAACAAAAUGUCUAAGUAUAAAGUUCUAGAGUAAUCAACAUAGAACUAACUAAAAUCAAGCAAUGACAAAAUUAUUUACUUGAUAAUGUUUGUUUGCAAGAUUUUUAUCUAUUUUAAUUGCACAUAAAAAUAAUAAACCUUUGUCCCCCUAAAUAUUUUCAGUGUUAUCAAUUUUUUAUAAAUUUUUGUGCCAUUCAAAUUUUUCUAUGAUGAACAAUAAUUUUGGAGGGUGUAUUUCAAUAUUGUAGUUUUCCAAAAGAAAUAGAAAUAAAACAUUAGAACUUUGCUGCAGCAAUUCAGCAAAGUAGUAACUGCAAUUUUUCUACACAGCCAUUUCCUGAAUAAUUGUUUUAACUUUUGAGUCUCUGGCUGAAGCCUUUUACUAAGACUUGAAUAAGAUAGUGUAAUUAUGACCAGUAUUUCAGUCCUCCUACGAGACGAGAUCUCGAGAGACCCAGUCUCACAAUAGGGUAUUGACUUACUCUUGAGAAGGGCUGUAAUUAUGACCAUUCUGUAUUGAAAGCUGAUGAGAUAAGUCACUUUUGAACCUGGAAGGUUAAGCAAUUUUAUGGCACUCUUUCGAUAGUAUCAUUGGAAGUUCUCUGACUAAUCUUCAUCAGAAAUUUUAACAAAGGGUGUUAAGGUCUCUUUUGAUGUAUAGUUAACUAACUAUGACAUUGUGUCCCUUUAAACAUUUCAUCUAUUGAAUACGUUUGGUCAGUAAGUUAUUGCAUUAUUUUGAAACCAGCUCACAUAGCCUUCUGUCUCACAGGCCUAUGGAACAAGCCAUGUCACCAAGAGAACCAAGAGAAGUUUCCCGGAGUAGCUUUGGAGGCAGCGGACAAGGGUCAGUUGAGCCUUACUUAUUUUACUAUUAUAUUUUUCUUUUGGCACUGAUGUCUGUUAAUUAAUGAAGUCAGUGUCGAACUCAAUCAAGGAUAUACUCUAGUAACUACUGAUGAGGGCAUAGGAUUAUUAUGGAAAAGAAACUCAAUAUUAAAACCUCAUUAUAGCGAACAUGCUGCCCUUGAUUUUAUCAAAGUCCCACUGUAUACCCUUGUAUAAGUUGUAGUUGCUGCUACAGUUAAACCUCCUAAUGUGGAUAGCUCAUAUGUUAGAUAGCUCUAUUAUUCACAACAAUACUUCACUUCUUACAAUCCCUACCUCUGUAAUAUCAUUUCAAAAAUCUCCUUUGUGGACAUUUGGUCUAUACCUUCCUUGUGUAGAUUUGAGAGGUUUGACUGUAGAGUUUAAGGUGAUAAUGGGAAUUUUGGUAUCACUUCUAUUAAUCUUAAGAAGUGUGAUUGUUGGUACAACCCUCCAAGUUAGAGUUUGUGCUCAGUCGCUGUUUGGCAACCAACUCUUUUGGGUUAGGGAUACUUUUUUUCUAGUCGCCAGCUGCCAAAAUUUUAGGCGCCGUGGCAACCAAAAUGGUCGCAACUUGGAGGGUUGUGGUAGCUUUUAAAAAAGGAUGGAUUGAGUUAAUGUUUUAAGUGUUCUCUUAGUAAGAUGUUAAACAUGUUUGAAAAAAUGCAAGGAUACAAGGACUUUUUAGGGGAACAUAUUCAUUAGGAUAUGAAAAUUUCAACUUUUGUGUCCACAUCGUUCAUACAUGCAGACGUAUACCUGCUCUCUGGAUCAUAUAUUAACGUUGCACUCUCAAUUAAUUUAUGCAGUUAUACGCAUGCUGUCUUUCCUGGUGAAUUGUAACAGACCUUUGAUUAAAAAUAAUGCUCGAGCUGGCUUUCAUCAUAAUUUUUGCUGAGGCUUAAAAAAUGAUCAUUUUGAUUGAAGAAUAGUUUAGUAUUAUGACCUUUUUUGAAACCAAAUGCAUGUUAGGCCAGUCUCGAUGGGUCUACCUUCUUGGGAACAAGUUCUUUCAGUGAGUGUGACUCAAGAAAGGUCUUAAUUUAACGACCUUAGGAUUCAAACGUUUGACUCAACCAGGCGAAGGGUUAUUGAAUCUAGGAUUUUUGAAAAAAAUUGUUCCUACCCAGUUCACAACAAUCUUCCAUGUAACCCUCAGAUGUGCAAGGAAAUUCCCCACUCCCCACCCCAAACCCUUUCAUAACGGAUCAGUAUGUUCGAGUAUUACUGUUUUUGUUGAUUGCCUGUGUUGAAGGAAAUGAGAGUUUCACUGUAUCAAAAAGUCCUGCUUUGAUUACACUUCAGUUAAAUGCUCACAUUGGCAAAGUAUGCAACUUUGAGUGAGACUUGACAACAAAGACAUAAUUGUAUCUGAACAGUUUGCUCAAAAACACAAAAGGAAUACAGUUUACUCAAAAUAGAUUUUUCUUAGUCCCUGAUAACCAUAGAGGCUUAUUGGACAUGAUGUCAACAUGGAACUGCAUUCUUUUCUUCGUAUUUUUUCUUAUGGAAAAUCAAAGUCAAAAUUCUCGGGUCAUUGAUAUUUAAGCCCCUUUCCCCUUGCUUCCGUUCUGGUACAUUCAAGGGGUAAGAAAAUUCCUGUUUGAUUCUUUUUUUUUUUCGCAUUUUAAAACAGAAAGUUGUGCUGUUCUAUCCCUGGAUAGGUAAUUAAAAGAAAAGUGUUUGUUAGAAGAACAAGAGAAGUGGAUAAACUCAAUAAUUCAGGAUAUACUUUUUUUUCCUUCAAAUAAUGUUCCUUGUUCAUAAUAUUACUUUGCAACUAAUAAUGCAGGUUGUUGAGCAUUUCAUUGCAUUAUAAACCUUUAAAUGUAAUUCUGUAGGAGUUUAAAUUUAUUUUCGAGCAUUACUGGGUUAUACUUUAAAUAUUAUUCUCCCAAACUUUGAAUUAGUUAGAAGCAUAGGUAUGUGUUCCCUGUUGAAUCGUUCUAAGAGGUUUUGACUAUAUAAACUCUCAGAGAGUGUUUUUACCUCGUAGGAGUAUCUUUACAAUUAAAUAUAAACUAUUGGUUUGAAUACAUUCUUAUUGCCAGAGGUAUACUAAAAGUGAAGGUUAUAAUAUUAUUAUGAAAAAGGUUAAUUUCUUUACAAUAGGUGUUAACUGACAUAGGAAAAGAUUAAAAGCACAAGUUUAAGGCUAAACUUAAAGUAACAUUGAGCUUGAAACUUGGAGAAGGUCUCUUACUGCAUGACGUUACCAAAAAUGAGUAUUUCAAAUGUGAUUUGCAAGCGCGCGUACUGUCUUGCUGGCCUUAAGACUAACACCCUCCUGUCCAAGACAUGGUAAGUCAUUUUGUUAACCCGGCAUCCCUCUGUGCUGUGACGUCAUGUGGUACCUGCCUUCUCUGGGUCCGAUUGAUCCUGGAUGGAACAGCGCAGCUUGGGAGGUAUAUGCUUCAGACCCCUCGCAGAUAAAAAGACCAUAAUGCAUUGCACAUGCAUGUGAAUACUUGUUUAACCUCAAUGAUUUUGUGACCGUGACUUCUUUGCAUUGUGUCUUCUCAAAGUGAAAUAACCAUUGCUUGUUGUGGUUUUUACUGUUAUCCUAAUCACUUUUAAUCAGCCAAUUCCUUAUCCCUUAUUAACUAUUGUUAUCAUUAUUACAGCAUGUUUAACAUAUACUAAGGCAGACACUGACUUAAUUACACUCAGAGUUGUGACUCAUUAACAUAUAUUUUCUGGAUUAAUAGCCGAUCGAGCCUUUUGCUCCAAACCUCAGUUGAUUUGAUACAAAGUCGUUGUGAUACAAGUCUUCGAUACAAGUCGUUCGGUACAAGUCUUUUCGAUACAUGUCAAUUCGAUACAAAAUCAUUUCGAUGCAAAGUUGUUUUGAUACAUAGUGGUUUCGAUACAAGCCGUUUAGAUACAAGUUUUUUCAGUUAAGUUGUAAAUAGUUUCAUGUCCUUGACUCAAAGAAUGAAGAAAAUUUAUCCAAAAUAUAUUUCUUGUUCAGCGCAAACUACACUUUCGUGAACGAAAUUUUUGGGCGGGUUUCACCUCUUGAGUUGGUGUCAAAACGACUUUGUAUCAAAAUGGCCGGUUUUCCCUUUUUGAAGUCUUAUGUUAAAAAGUUUUAAAAGAAAAAUAACACUGUUCGAAGGAGCUAUCAGAGACUCUCAAGUCUUCAGUCUAGAGGAAGUAAACUCGGAAUUUGAAACCGUCCACGUUUCUUGUCACAUAUUACUAACUCUGGGGGUGAAAUAGUUCAAAUUGGGGAAAAAUAUUGAAAAAAAAUAUUUUUCUUAAUAUACUCGCCAUAUUUAAUAUCUAAUAUACUGACAUAGUCUAAGUCAGAGGGAUUGACUCCGGUAGCCAACAAGUUACUAAUCAGAAAUGAUGUGCGGUAAUAGUCUUUUCUUUCAAUAUAAAAAAGUUAUUUGCACUCACAUUCCUAAAGCAUGCUAAUAGAUAUUAGGGAAGGGAUUAAUUGACUAACUUGCCUGAUGCUCACAAUGUUAGAGUGUGUGAUUCAUUCCUCCGUCCAUCUAUCAUUGCAUAAUUCCCGUAUUUAUUUUCAAGCAUUUAGUUCUUCGUAGUUGUUUCUCAUUCACAUGCACCGUCAGCAAUGCACAUGCGGACUCGAGCACUGUCACUCAUCUUGUUUUGUUGGCCAAAUUUUGAGACCAGUUCUGAUAAGUCCACAUAUGAUUUUGUCAGCUAUUAACGACAGAAAUUCUGCACCAGUUUGUUUCAUUUCUGUUUGUUCCCCACUGUACGAUGGUUUGUUAAAAGUGCAUUCACAAUCCUUGAAAUCUUGGUUAUUUUGAAGCACAAUACAUUUGUUAUUUAGCAUUGCUAUCUGAGCGCUAAAUAGGUGAUUUUGGAGGUUUUCUAGUAAACUGUUUCAACUGCAAGAGUUCCAAAAUUCGGAAAUCAAGAAAAAAUACUAAAUGAAAUUAGCAUUUUAAAGAAAGUUCUGAAAACUGAUCGCCCCAUGUGAAAGGACCAGAUAAGAGGUUUCAUUUGAAUCUCUGGCCAACAGGGUUUUUUUUGUCCAGAAAAGGAUACUUUGCUUUGGUUGUGAAUGCACUUUCCUAUUUUGCCUAUUUUAGCAUGUUUGUUUUUAGUAACCCACCAGCACUUGAAAUCUGUUUGUUUUAGUCAGUUUAAGCACGGUGUAAGGAAGUCACGGCUCUCUGCCGAAUUUUACAGCUUAAUAGGCAUUUCUAAGUAAUACCGUAAUAUUCUUUUAAGUGCAGGUUUAGCCUCGUAUUGAGGUGGAGUCAAAGUCCAGUGUCAUUUUGAAAUGGCUCGAGCUCCAUAUGCCAUUCAGAAACUUCUCGAUAACAGACCUCUUUACCUCGUAUGUUUUAUUUUCCCAAUAAAGGUCUCAAGAGAAUUUGUCCUUUGUCUUUUCAUAAAUUAUCCAUGCAUAUACACGUGAAUAAGACGAAAUUUGAAAGAAGCAACGAAAAAGAUCUACAUUGGGAAAACAAAAUGCACAAGAGCAAAAAGAGGUCUUUUCGCAGGAUUAAUGUAUUUGCAAAUGAAUGAACCAGUGCAACUUUGGCCAGCGAAAUCAUUUUUAAGUCGUUUUGUUUUGAGAUUUCUAAAGCCUGCUUUCCAUUUGUAUCAAGUGAAAAUUAAGCUUUGAGGCUUCCUUCAUGACAGGGCAGCUCAAAGUGGAAAGCAUUAUUUAGAACCCAAAAGAAGCAUUAGGGUGAAACCACCUUCACCAUAAAGUUGAACUGGUGCGGUCGUUAAAAAAUUGGCUGGUUGUCCCGAGCUGUUGAGAAGUUGCUGAGUGGAACAUGUAACUUGUGCGUAAAAAAAAGACAUUAGAUCUUGACUCCCCGUGAAGAAGAGGCUUCACCUGCACUGUAAAGAAUAUUAUGUAUUUUAUGAAGGCCUGUCAGUAUAAUAUUAUUGUAUUUCAUUGUGGCUUGCAUGGCGAGGGGUCUGACAAGCUGUGUUGUUGCAUUGAAGGGCUCGAGAUGAUAUCGCACCAGGGGUAAAGUCGGUGUAUCCGGACCCAAAGGCCCGUUCGAACCCCAGGCGUAAAUCCUUGAGAGGAACGUUUGCUAGGCUCUCGUUCAGAAAAAGACAAAGAAAAAGGCAGGUGUUGGGAACUUAACUACCUUGGCGUAAGCGCAGUUGGACCAAUCAGCUGCUAGUGCCAGUGUUAGGGCAAAUUUAAUCCCGUCAAAUCUGAUCACAGAGUAAUGGCUUUUGUUUCAGUGCGAAAGUUCUAAGAGUUUUAUCGAUUUGUUUAUUGUUGUUAGUCCUUGUUGGCAGUCUGAGUUGUUUUUUUAUGUUUCGAAAUUGUUGUUAAUUGAACCUAGCUGUGGAUUGGUUCAAAGGUGCAUGCGCUUUGUUCAGUUCAGUUCGCGUAGAAUGGUAACAUCUUAAGACUACAGAAGUUGAUUAGCUCCAGUUCCACUGCGUUAAUUUCACUUUACAAGAAAAAGAAAAAAACGCGCGCGCACACACACAAGAGUCAAGCGAAGUGGAAAAGGAGGAAGGGGUCAUCGAUUGGCAUAAUUGUAGGUUGGAGAACAGCAGAACAGUUAACUGAAAAAGGUCUUUCGAGUCUCGGUUUAUACGAAAGUGUGAUAUGUUAUGCUUAGUUGUAAUCUUCGUUACCUGCCUGUGGUUUUAUUUGGAAGAUUUCGAGAUUUUGGUAUCUAGGGUUUUAAAGAAAAUAGCUAAAAUACUGCAAUCUAAUGCUAGUAAAAGAGAUGUCUUAAGCUGUUCAUAUUUUGAAUCAGUUUGUAGUCUCAGUUAUGGUUGUACGGGGUUCGUACAGGGUCUUACAUUCUUAGAAAAGUCUUGAAGUGUGCAAACAAGUUUGCCACACCUUGAAAAGGCCUGAUUAAAAGCCUGGAUUUUUGCUUUAGGUAUGGUUUUUUAAAAUGGUAAAAGUAAUUUUUUUUUGCAGUAGUCGGAUCUUACUUGAUGUUGUGUGUAAAAGCCAAAAAAAAAAAAAAAAACAGAAAAAGGAAAUUCAGUGGUUUAGAACUUUUUAUGUCCGCAUUGUACAGUGAUUACUGUACAAUUGCAUUGCAUCCUGGGGAAAGCUUGGUUCCCGCCUUUGUCGAGCUUUCUAUUGAUCGCUUAUUUGAUAACCUUGAGUCUGGGAAAAGCCCAGGAAAUGUCUUAAAUUUUGCAUCCCGAAAUCUGUACGAACCCUGGCUGUAGAAGGCAAGACUGGGAGCAAGCUCUCCAUUAUAUAUAGCGAGCGAAACGAGCCGCGAGGAGCGGCGCCCUUUCGUUCCCCGCCCCUCGCACUGGCUUCUCCUUUCGCGUGCUGCUCUCGCGUGACCUCUUGCGUGACCUCUCAAACUAGUCUCGCGUGCCCUUCAAACGGAGAGUUUGCUUGCAGGAUGGUAGUAAGCAGGACUUAACGAUGUUUGUUGCUCAAGAUACCAAGUAAUUUAUGUAAACCGUCUGUCGCUCUAUAAUUCAACUAAAAGCCAACUGUUAUCUUGUAUUUUAGAUCUAUGAAUGACACGACAAUGGGCGACAAGCCACGUUCCCUACGCUUCACGUGGAGCAUGAAGACGACAAGCGCGAUGGACCCGCAGGAGAUGAUGGAAGAAAUCAAGAAGGUUUUGGAAAGUAAUAACUGUGAUUAUGAACAGCGUGAGAAUUUCUUGUUGUUCUGUUGCCAUGGCAACCCUGCUGACGCUAAUCACGUGCAGUGGGAGAUGGAAGUAUGUAAGCUUCCGCGAUUGUCCCUAAAUGGGGUUCGCUUCAAGCGCAUCGCCGGUACAUCUAUCAAUUUCAAGAACAUCGCUUCUAGAGUUGCCAACGAGUUAAAGCUGUGAUGGAGAUAGAUUGGCUGUUUUCUGAACGCCAAGACGAGAAUUGGCGAGGGAAGACAAGCCGAAGCAGUUAUUGUACCCUUUCCCUCAGUUCAUCACAGAUUUUGCUGGCAUGAAGACGCUUUGGAGGAACCAAGCACAGGACAGGUUUUCUUGUUUUCGGACAUGCUUUGAACAGAGAAUCCAGUUUUCUUUGUACUGAACAUUUGCCAAAAUGACGCCUGGAUGUUGACUGAACAGGCAAGUGAUGGCUUUUAUUUGCUAUGCGGUACGUGCCACAUAAAAUGAAGUUGUUUCUACGAGUCUGGAAAAAUUUACCAGUGAAAACGACAUCUGUACAAGUUAAUGUAAAUAUCCAUAGGAAUUAUUUAAUUUUAACAGAGAGCAGCAGAGAAAAGUAAGCUACUCCCGAGACACCUCCAGUUCUCUUAUAGUUGGCCAGGGUGUAUAGUUUGUCCGCUCCUCACCCAUUAUGCUGCUGUUUUGGGCGGGUCUGUAUUAGCCUGUGCCAGGCUCUCAGAUAUUGGGGACGUCGCGAAAACAAGGUCAAGGAAAAUAAGAAGGAGAACGCGCGUACUCUGGGAAAGAGGACGGUGGUGGAAAAAAGAAGGAAAUAGGCCUCCCUCUCCUUCCCCAGCAACGGCGUGUUUUUCGCAUCAAUUUUCACGAUUUCUGCACAUUUCUAUCUUGAAGCCUGGAACAGCCUGGUCUGUAUUUGUUCUUGCGCAAAUUCCUUAGAAGUCAAUCUUAUCACAAAGUUAUCCCCAGUCUCACUUCAGCUGCAUGAAAAUGAAUAUUUGAGAUUUUUGCUUUACAAGAGAACGAUUGAUUGUGACCUGCCUAUCAAUAGUCUCCCACGCAGCCGUGUUUGUGUCGUCACGCAACGCUCCUCCCCACGCAUUCGAACUUUGAAGAGGAGCGUUGCGUUACAAGGCAAAAACGGCUUCGUGGCAUGGGAGACUAGCCUAUCAGGGGCAAGUGAACAUUUCAGUGUUUCCUAAAGACGCCAUCACCUUUUCUUGCUUCCGAACUCUGAAACAUCUUUAUUUUACUUACGUUUUUAACUACUCCAAAACCUUGUUCUAUUGUGUCACUGUCGUCCCACGGAGUGGAAGUUUGCGUUCUUGGAAGUUCAGACAUCGAACAUGUGCUCAAGCAAAUGAAAACAAAUUUACUGACCUGUAUUUCAGUAACAAAACAAUGAAAUUCUAUAGCCUCAAGUGCCUCGUUAACGUGAAUCUUAUUUUAGAAGAAAGCUUUAAUCCUUGAGAAGUGUGCCCUUUUUCAGAAAUUUGUCGCAGUCUAACUGGGCGAGGUUUCGUUUAUUUUAACUGGGGAAUUUUGCGUUCUGUCUAGAAUAAUAUUUCAAUGCUGUUACUUAAAGACCGUCCUUCUUUCUUCAGAGUCACGCGUGCUUUCGACCUUCUGUCACUCAAAAGAAAAAUAAGAGACUGCUCGCAGUCUGGGUUACUUAGUAUUACGCAGGACACCACUCGCUAUUAAAAGGGGAAUAGUGUGGUUCUUGAUCAUUUUUCCCGAAUUCAUUCCGGCUGUCUUGAUGAUUUUUCAACUUCACUCUAGUUGGUUAGUCAAUUUGUUAUCCUGUACGUGAUUAAAUUGUGCACUUUGUAAAAAAAGAAUAAAAGAAAAGACACCCAAGCAAAUUUGGACAAAUAAUGUAAAAAGAUAGUUUAUCUUGCUUUUGUAAACAGGGGGUGGGGGCGGGAACUGUUAAUAACUUUGAACUUCAGUUGUAAAAGCAAGAAGAGCUGCAAAUUACCAGAAAACGAUUGGAAAUAAACAGCUUAAGCUUCUGCAAGGUUUUAUCGUGCAGUCGAAAGCUGGUUGACCCCAAGGUAACUGUGAUCAUAAUCGGAUUUGCAACGAUAAUAUCGAUAUUCUCUUCAAAACAGCGUUCCAACAGCCGUAAUUUUGUCCAGGCUAAGAAAGAUCGCCCUGCCCCCUUUCCCAUCUUCCCUGUCUUCCCGCCAGGGAAAUUGACAACUUGCGCAACAGCGGUUUCGAUUUGUUUCUGUAAGAUUAAACAGAAUUAAAAUUAAUUUCUUUAGGGGUUGAUAUAAAGGGGGUAUCAGUUUUGCUCAAUUCCUGUUGUACUUAAUGCUCAGGAAUUUAAGUUAGCUUUACUGUGACAUGUUUUGUUAUAUUCGAAUUUCACCAUUCCUCCUGACAAUAGUCGUUCACCUAAUUUAAAAACUGAAUGUUGGGUACAUUGGAAGGACGAAGCUUUCACCUUUUUUCUUUGUUUCUAUUGUGUUUUGAUAUGCUGUCAAUCAUUCGUCUUUAAGAACGUCAUCUCUGCUUACGUCAGCGGCAGGAAGCUAGUGUUGUGAGGUCUUGGGAACGAGGUGAAAAUGAAAUGUCAUCCCACAGUGCAUCGCUGUCCAAGGUUUUUACUGCACUGUUUUAUUCACUUGAUUGACUGUUAUACCGAAAUACAUCGCAUGAUUCCGUUUUCAAAUAGUAUUUGCAAAGGAUUGUGGGUUGGCAUUUUAUCCUCAAGUCACGCAACGCCUGCCUCAGUCUUGCGCCACGUACUACGUUGUUUGUCACAAGUUGAAUGAUUGCUUUUAUUUGUCCAAAUUAAGUGAGUCAUUGUCUCUCGCCUCGUCUGUCUUGUCUUUCACUUUGUAAAUAUCCUUCCUUAGAAUGACCAAUUUCCACAGUAAAUAUAAUGCGAGGCAAUUUCUUGAUGUAACAGUCCUUUGGCGCUUUUUAGUUAAUGUAGGGUUAUCUUAAGAAAUAUACUCUUCAACAUGGAGCA